UUAUUUUAUUUUUCUGAGUAGUUGUGAUGUGAUUUAUUGUAGAUUUCACAAAUGAAGGAGUGUGUUGCGUAUUUAGCUUGAAUUAAAACAAUGUUGUGCCUUAUUGAUUAGUGCGUUUGUUUACCAAUCGUGCUUAGUGUUGUAAAAUACGUUUCCUGCCUUUGGGAACCGAGGAUGAUCUCAUUGACGCACUGACGUUUCGUUCCUUACUGAGAUCUUGCUUCGUUUUAUUAUUUUUACGAUUCACUAAGUCCAAUGACCUUGUUAGUAGCUUAUAAAUAAUAUUGGCGAAUUAAAUUAUUCAAUAUGAAGAAGCAGUUCUUUAGGGUUAAGCAACUCGCCGACCAAACAUUUUCAAGGGGCGGUAAAGGCGAAGCGCUCACGGAUGAACUUCAGACGGCGGAUCGGAAAGUAGAGCAAUUAAGAAAUGCCUUACAACUAGUUAGUAAGAGGCUGGCCACUGGAGCUGGUGGCACCCAGGGACAGGACCCUGCCGCCCGGGAGAAAAGGCUGAAAAAACUUCCAGAAUAUAUGCUGGGUUUGUCAAUGGUGGAAGCUAGUAACUAUGAUGAUGAUGAGAGUGUCCUGAAACAUAUCCUAUCCGAAUGUGGUAAAACAGAAAAAUACCUAGCUAAUGAAAUAGCUGAGCACGAAGUUAAAGUGGAGCAACUAGUAAUUGCCCCGCUGUCAACAAUCAGCGACCAUGAUCUCCCAGCUAUACUCAAGACGAAGAAGCAUCUUAGUAAACUCAUAAGUGAAAAGGAAUCUGCGGCACACAAAUAUCAUCGAGCAAGAGAAGAGAACCCAGCUAAACUAAGUGCAGCACGAGAGGAAUUAGAGGAAAUCGGAAUAAAAGUGGAGUCAGCCAGGGACAGUCUGGCUGCAGAGAUGUUUAGUCUAGUCGCCAAAGAAGCGGAGAUGGCCCACAUAUUGCUGCAGUAUGUGAAGCUACAGCGGGCGUACCAUGAAUCCGCAUUGCAUUCGUUACAAGACACUGUUCCAGAGCUGGAAAGAUUUAUAAAUGACAGUGCUGUGAAACGUGUAUUCGGAUACCCAUUAGAAGAUCACCUGCGGGUAACGGGGCGCACGAUAGCCUUCCCCAUCGAGCUGUGCGUGUGCACUUUACAUGAGCUGGCGCUCAACGAGGAGGGGCUGUUCCGGAUAGCGGGCGGUACGUCAAAAGUAAAAAGGAUGAAGUUGUCGCUGGACGCGGGCCUGUUCAACGUGCCGCUCCCGCCCGACUACCGCGACAUGCACGUGGUCGCCUCCGUGCUCAAGUCGUACCUGCGCGAGCUGCCCGAGCCGCUGCUCACCUACCGCCUCUACGAGCACUUCCUCGCCGCCUCGCGCCAGCCCGCGGAGACCGCAAGACUCAACACGCUGUGGGAGGCCAUCCAUCUCCUCCCCGAAGCCAACUUCCACAACCUCAGGUACCUCAUCAAGUUCCUGUCCGCUCUCACGCAGAAUCAGGCCACCAACAAAAUGACACCCUCCAACUUAGCUAUCGUUAUCGCGCCGAAUCUUCUCUGGGGGCCGCACGAGAGCAGCGCCUUCGACAUGAACGUCACAACCGCCGUCAACUGCGUCGUGGAACUCCUCAUUAAACACGCCGACUGGUUCUUUAAUGAGGAGGUAAAUUUCUUCAUUUCCUUCACUAAGGAGGAUCUUCUUCCCGAUCAGUGCGAGUAUGGGUUCACACCGGGUUUCGGGCCCGGUUUCCCGCAGACCGCGGCGCUGCAGGAGCACUCCAACGGAGAUUACAGUAACAUGAGCCGCUCCAUGCUCGAGUACGAGCGGCGCGGCGAGCCCGGCCGCCACUCGCGCAGCAACAGUCACGAUACUAGCCUCAUUUUACUCGAGAACGAUAUCAAGAAGGCACAAUCGAACAGCUCCCUCUCCGAUCAGUCUAGUCCCCCGCUCGGCAGCCCGAAGCCCAUCAUGAGGAGAAAAAACAAACCACUAGCUCCCGUCCCGCCUAACUUCACUCCGGACAAAAAUAAAAAGCCCGAAGCGCAGCCGGAGCCCUCGAAAGAGGCGGACAAGCCGGCGAAACCGCCCCGGCCCGUCAUAUCCGACAGCGGAAAAGUCAUCUCGGGCGUGCAGACCAUCAACCGGUCCACUUACAGGCAGAGCAAGGCGCUGAAAGACGAGGCCCGGGGCAGCAGGGAGAACCUCUUCGAGGCGAGGCGGCAAAGCUUAGAAGUGGAGAAGGAUAAAUUCGAAAGCAUAAAAGCUCUGGAGGAUAGGAGCGAUUCAACUCUAGUCGUUAAAAACGUGACCGCACAGACGGGAGUCGUCGGCAGGAUGAAGGUGACGGAAGGCAUCAGCGGGCCCUUGUCCCUCGGCGGGCAGCCCGCGCGGCCCGCCGCCAAGCCGGCCGGCCAGCCGCCGCCCCGGCCCGUCGCCGCGCCGCGCACCAUCAUACCCAACAUCGACGCCGACGCGGGGGAGGUCCAGCUGAGGAACAAACCCGCCAUCCCCGAGCGGCCCGCGACGCUCCGCCCGCAGAGCUUCCGAGGUGCGCGCGGCUCCAGCGACUCGGAUGUGACGCCGACCGUUCUCGAGCGCACGCACAUAUACAGCGUCGACAAGCAGCAGCCGACGAUGAUCCAGGUCGGGCCGGCGGACGAGGAGGGCGGCUCGCGCGUCACCGUGCAGCGCACGCACAGCUCGGGCGGCAAGGACGCUGAGCUUGACGAGCACAAGGCGCUGACGAGCGCCACGCGGCAGCUGUCGCAGUCGGAGGGCAGCAUAACGGAAGUGCCGCUGUCGCCGCGCGCGCCCACGGCGCGGCCGCCGCGGCCGCAGGUGCCGGCUCCGCCGCCGCCCGUGGCCGCGCCGGCCAUGGCCACGUCAGCCGUGGCCGUGCCAGCCGUGGCCGUGCCAGCCGUGGCCAUGCCGGCCGCGCCGCUCGCCACGCACGAGAGCACGGACCUGUAGCCACCGCGCCGGCCCCGAGAUCAUCAGUAUUACGCGGCACCGACUCGGUCUCGACGCGUGUCGGCGUCGAGAUCGACUCGCGCGCCUUUUCUAAUUGAUUACAUCUCAUGACAGAUUAGCAUUAGUAGCCGGUGCUUCCGGUUUGAGGAACUUCUCUCGAUUCGAGCGCGUUGAUCCGUAGCUUUAAAAUGCCGCGCCCCGUCGCAUCGGCGUGCCCGAUUAUAAUUACUCUCUUGCGAAGUCUUCAUAUCUUAAAUAAGGCUUUAGAAAAUCGAACGAGACUGAAGAGUUUUAUACUUUUUAUUAUGCAAUCUACGUCCUAUUAAUAAUGAAUAGCACAUCGGAGUGCAAGUAAAUUGCCUGAUUUCCACAAUCUUGUGUCACAUAUUUUUAUACCGAUUUGAUAAAAGACGCACUCAAAAUUCGACUUAGUGUUGCUUGCCCUAGAAUUGUACUUUAAUCCUAAUGGAAUUAUAAGUCAUACUGGCAAAGUCAACGCGUUAAACGAACUGCCAGGAUGGAUAGGUAAACAUUUAUCACAUUUGUUAACAUUAUGGUGUAUAAAGCUGGUCGCUAACUAGAUGCGACGUAGAUAAAUGAUUAUUGAGAGCUAGAAAACAAAACAUUAUCAUGGAUUUCUAAAUCUGUUGUAUCAGUUUUCUUUGCUAACCGUCUGUGAAUUUCUUCCAAGUCUGUGGAUAGCCAGCUUAUGAACUUGUUUAAUAUCACAUCACAAGACGAUGUUUCCGAAAGGGACAUCAAAAUUUGCCGUCAUAUUUAUAUGAUAGUUAAAAUAACUGUACAAGUUAUGUUCAAACCCAUUUCUGCAUUUUGCAUAUCUUAAUCUGCCUUUUAUCUAUAGACUUAUUUAUUUUUGUACUGUAUUAUAAGGCAUUUGUGAUUUACAUACAAGACAUAUAUUGGAACGUAAAUAUAGCUUGCACGCAUAAUUUAAGUACAUACUGAAGUUAUCGUAGCGUUAUAUUUAAAUUAAUUCGAUUCGAGCAAUAUCCAAAAAGACAUAUUUGACAUUGUCUAUUGAGCUUUGUAUGCUUUUAAUGACAUUAAGAAGUAGUGUUACGAAGCUGUUUGCAGUUUCCGAGUCUAUGCAAUUUAACUAGUUUGAGUUCAAUAUUGACUAUUUAAAUAUUUCUCCCUCACUUAAAUUAUCUUGCAUAUUAUCAAGGCUGCUUUAGCAAUAAUUUAUUAAAUUAAAUUUACUCGAAAAUAAUUAGUGAAAUUGCUAUACUAGCUGUAUACCACACUUGCAUAUUUUGCAUAGACUUGGCAACACUGUAAUUAGCAUUUUUUGUACAAUACUGAAUGUUGCAAUUGUUCGUUGUGAUACUAGGAAGAUUAUCCACCCAAGCGGGUGCACAAACGUACACAUUUUGACGAUUAGCCAUAUUUUAUGAUAUUUAUCUUUUCAGUAUGACUGCAGUGCACGAGUUCUGUCCCGAACUAAAAGAACGUAACUGCAUUAGUUAGCCCAUUUCAGUUGCGUUUUUUUAAGGCAUCCAUAGUCUCAUUAGUUUAUUGGCCAAUAUCGCCUACCCACUUACAAUUUUCAUUGUAGCCCUUCCUGCGUCUCAAUAAAAUUGUACUAAAAUCAAUAUUCUGACUAGUACUCACGAUCCUGCAACAUGCUGCUAGCGCGGGAAGCAGCUAUCAGCUAAAGUGAGAUGGUAACGCUUACUUAUAUUAUAUUACUUUCUCACUCUAUCAUUUACUUGCGCGCUGCUCUUGCAGUAUUCCAAGCAGGAUCGUGAGAACUAAGUUUAAGCAAUAAUGAAAACAGGUAGGUGCUGAUAUUGGUUGAACAUUAAUCGUCCAUGGAGGCCUAACACGGCUUUGUUCAUACACUGUGUCAGUAAGUUUUACAUUAUUUUUUAGACUUAAGUAUGUUAUGUAGUAUUUACGACGUUUUAUGUGAUAUGCAUUUUAUUAUUAUACUGUAAGUAUACAAGCUUCUGUUGUAAGUAAUACUAAUAAGGAUAUGCUGAAAGAAAAUUUAAAAUAGA